CACACCCCUCCUCAACAAUCCUUCAGUACUCGUGUGCUGCCUGAAAGGAAAGGUUCUUUAAUAAUGAAAUCCAUCCUGCUUGGUGCCUGCAUCCUUGCAGUGGCUAUCUGCGCCCCUCAGCAGCAGCAGAUGUACAUGGAGUUUGACAUCCAUCACGCUCCGGCUCAGGCAGCCCAGGCUAUUCCUGCUGGAGCCCCUGUUGAUACUCUGGAAGUUCUGCUUCCAGUUGAUGCCCAGAAACGUCCUGUUGGUGGACCUGUCCGUGGCUUCAUUAAGCAGGAGAUCCGCCAGCCGAAUGGUAGAGAGACUAAGGAAGUGUUCUACCCCUUUGGUUUCGGCCUGCCAGAUCCGGCUGCUGCUGCUGCUGCAGCCCCGGUCGCUCCUGCCGUUCCAGUUGCUGCUGCAGUUCCUGCUGCCCCUGCUGCUCCUCUUAAGCCUAUUAUUGCUGCUAGUGCCCCUGCUGCCAAACCCACUGGAGAUGAUGACGAUGAUGACGAUGACUAAACAAAUCACAGUCAGCAGGAUGUGCACACUUUUGUGCAUAAACAGGUGACCAGUGCAACAAGACCAGCAGCUGCAGAAAGGAGACCAGCCGACAUUGCUGUAUGAAAAAUAUACCUUUGAAAACAAAAUGGUGCUAUGCAUAUGAAGCAUUAUGCGCUGCAGAAGGUGCUCUGCUUUUCUAUGAUAAAAAAGGUGCAAAAGUGCUUUGUGUCAAAAUAAAAAAAUAAAAAAAUGGUGCAAUGCAAUGAAAGAAGUGUCUUUUAAGUCACUGCAUGUUACUGUUUUCUCAAGUCAAAUUCGCCAUAACUGUGCUUCAUAAUAAAUAAAAACGAUUCAUUCUUCA